AUGAUUUUCUCUAAUGAAGAUGCUUGCCCUGUACUAAAGAAGCCAGAUGAGAGGAGGGUGGUCCGUUCGCAGGGAUUGCCCUCCCCAGCACUCUGCUGUGCUUGCGGGCUUUGUAUCAUGCUGGCAGGUAUUAACAUCACCCUGGUAGGCGCGCUCGCCUUUACUAAACUCCUCCCUUUCAACAACCCUCCCAUCAUUAUAGGACCCAUCCUACUAUUGGUGUCCUUUUCAUUUUUUGGAGCUUGUUGCAUCUGCAGUCGAAGAUCCGUUGCCCAACCCUCUCGCAUGUCUGCAGGACGGGACCGCUGGCCAUUAAUGAGAAUGGGUGGAGCUGUGUUUGAGAUGGAGGCCAGUGAACCCACACUACAGGAUACCACAGCCGUCCAACUCAGUCCAACAAACUCUCCAAGCUCCUCCCGUCACUGUAGCCCCACCCAUCUUCCCGCUGCUCCACCCCAACCUUCAGAAACAUACGACUGUCAGUCAGCCUCAGAGGGAAAUAAUUUGAAUCUACUAAACCCCGCAAUAGAUGAAUCAUACUCAUAG